AGUUGUUCGGUGUUUUAGGAACAAUGUUCUUUCCUCUCAUCAAAGCGUGUCGAAUCUACAAACUUGAGAUUAAGACCCACAGGUUCCACACACUUAUGAUAUGAGGAAUAGAGAGCACUGUUCUUGGAGCACCAGAAUAGUUAUUCCCACCAGGUACCUGCCCCGAGUUCCAUGGGUUGGGUCCGAACAGAGCCCGACAAAGCUUUUCUUGACAAGUCUUUUAUCUCUCUUUCUAAUAUCAAGCCAUGCAUUAAAAUAUCACAUUAAUUACCCUUCUCAAUUCUCUCCUUUUAUAUAAAGCCCAGCAUACCGCCUUCACUCUUCCAAGCCGGCCUCUUUUCAACGCUCUCUUUAAAAGUCUCAAACCGUUCCUUUCCUUCAUCCAACAACCAUGGCCAUGGCCAUAACUACCAUUCUCCUCCUCCUCUUCGCUUCCCUAUCCCACGCAAAACACCUCUCGAUCAUCGAUAACAACAACAACGACAAACCCACUGAAAACACCAAUGGACGGAGCGACGAGGAAGUGAUGGGAAUUUACAGGGAUUGGAAGGCGAGGCACGGGAAGGCGUAUAACGGGAUAGGAGAGAGGGAGAGGAGGUUCGAGGUUUUUAAGGAUAACCUGAGGUUUAUUGACCAGCAUAACUCGGUGAACCGGACCUAUAAGGUCGGGUUGAACCGGUUUGCUGACCUGACCAAUGAGGAGUACCGGUCCAUGUAUUUGGGCGCCAGGACCGACGCGAAGAGGCGGUUCGUGAAGGCCAAGGUGGCGAGCCGGAGGUACGCGGUUGAGGAAGGGGAGAAUUUGCCGGAAUCUGUUGAUUGGAGGGAGAGAAGUGCUGUUGCUCCGAUCAAGGAUCAGGGGCGCUGCGGGAGUUGCUGGGCGUUCUCGACGGUGGCGGCGGUGGAAGGAGUAAACCAGAUAGCCACCGGCGAACUGAUCCAACUGUCGGAGCAAGAACUGGUGGACUGCGACAAAAAGUACAACGCCGGUUGCAAUGGAGGACUCAUGGACUACGCCUUCGAAUUCAUCAUGGAUAACGGCGGCAUCGACACCGAAUCCGACUACCCUUACCUUGGCCUCGACGCCGCCUGCGACCCCACUCGAAAGAAUGCAAAGGUUGUAAGCAUUGACGGUUACGAAGAUGUGCCACCCUACAACGAGAAGGCAUUGAAGAAGGCUGUGGCUCACCAACCUGUCAGCGUUGCCAUUGAAGCCUCCGGCAGGGAAUUCCAACUCUACCUAUCGGGCAUAUUCUCUGGUGAAUGUGGCUAUGCAUUGGACCACGGUGUUGCUGUGGUUGGGUACGGCACAGAGAAUGGCGUGGAUCACUGGAUUGUGAGGAACUCAUGGGGAACUAGCUGGGGUGAGCAUGGAUACAUCAGGAUGGAGCGUAACGUGGCUGAAACCUUUGCUGGCAAGUGUGGAAUCGCAAUGCAGUCUUCUUACCCUAUCAAGAAUGGCCAAAACCCUGCCAAAUUUUACCCGGCUUAUGGAGAUGCAGCAAUUGGGAUAAGCAGUGCUUGAAGUGUCUUUGGAACCAGGCCUUGCAAUGAGAAGGGAGAGGGAGGAGACCCUCUUGAAUUGAUUAGUAUUUGCUCCACGUUUCCUUACUGGUCUACGCCACCAAUGGACGAAGGGCUCCUGAUUUUCAUUCGGAUGAAUCCUUGUUGCACAUAUGCUUUACUCAUUUGAAUUGUGUUCGGAGACAACCUGAUAUUGUUGGAAUGCCUAUUUCACUCUUAUCCUAUUUCAUACUUGGUCCUUCUGUUUCAA